CAAAACCAGUCAAUGCGAAUUAAAAAUGAUUAAUGUGCACAAAUGUGUGUAUAGUUUACAAGACAUAGAGCAUACGUCAACAGUGGAGCUGCGGAGGCGUGUAGUGGGAUUAGACAUCGACGCAAGCGCCACAUCCCAUUUACCCCAACAGUGCUCGAAGCGCGCGCACUCUGAGUCCAGCAGACAGAGAGACAACAGCAGACAGGAUGGCAUCUCUGGGGCUCAAGGCGAUUGUCGGAGAAAAGAUUAUGAACGAUGUCAUUAAGAAGUUGAAGAAGAGGGGAGAAUGGAAGGUUUUGGUGGUGGACAAGCUUAGCAUGAGGAUGAUCUCAUCAUGCUGUAAAAUGACAGACAUUAUGUCUGAGGGAAUCACAAUUGUUGAGGACAUAACCAAGCGGCGUGAGCCUCUUCCUACCAUGGAAGCCAUUUAUCUCAUCACUCCAUCUGAUGAGUCCGUUGAGGGACUCAUCAAUGACUUCAGAGAUCCCCGUAAUCCAAUAUACAGAGGUGCACACGUGUUCUUCACAGACACAAUCCCAGACUCUUUGUUCAACUUGAUAAGUAAAUCCCGUGCCUCUAAAGUCGUGAAGACACUGACUGAGAUUAACAUCGCCUUCCUGCCCUAUGAAUCACAGGUGUUCUCAAUGGACAGACCAGAUGCCUUCCAGGAUUUCUACAGCCCGUUUAAAGCUGAUGUAAAGAACCAGGUGUUGGAGCGUUUAGCCGAGCAAUUAGCCACCUUGUGCGCCACACUGAAAGAGUACCCAGCUGUUAGAUACAGAGGAGAGUACAAAGACAAUGCAGUCCUGGCCCAGAUGCUUCAGGAUAAACUGGACGGUUACAAAGCGGAUGACCCCACUUUGGGAGAGGGACCUGAUAAAGCACGUUCGCAGCUAUUGAUUCUGGAUCGAGGUUUUGACCCUGUCUCGCCACUUCUACACGAGCUCACAUUUCAGGCCAUGGCCUAUGACCUGCUGCCCAUUGAGAAUGAUGUCUACAAGUAUGAGACCAGUGGAAUGGGUGACACUCGUAUGAAAGAGGUGCUGUUGGAUGAAGAUGAUGACCUGUGGAUGACUCUGAGACAUAAACACAUAGCAGAGGUGUCCACGGCUGUGACGAAAUCACUUAAGGACUUUUCUGCAAGCAAAAAGAUGAACACAGGAGAGAAGACUACCAUGAAAGAGCUCUCCCAAAUGCUUAAAAAGAUGCCACAGUACCAAAAAGAGUUAAGCAAGUAUUCGACUCAUUUGCACUUAGCAGAAGAUUGUAUGAAGAAUUACCAGGGUACAGUGGACAAACUGUGCCGUGUCGAGCAGGAUCUAGCCAUGGGCACAGAUGCAGAAGGUGAGAAGAUCAAAGAUCCUAUGAGAACCAUCGUACCGGUCCUACUGGAUGCCAACAUUACUAUCAUGGACAAGAUCCGUAUCAUCCUGCUCUAUAUCUUUCUUAAGAAUGGUGUGUCAGAGGAGAAUCUGUGUAAGCUCCUCCAGCAUGCCCAGAUCCCUCCAGAGGACAGUGACAUCAUCUCUAAUAUGGCCCAUUUGGGGGUUCCCAUCAUUUCAGAGCAAGUAACCACACGUAAAGGGAAGAAACCUGACCGCAAGGAAAGAAUCAGUGAGCAAACGUACCAGCUCUCCCGAUGGACUCCUUUGGUCAAAGACAUCAUGGAGGAUGCCAUUGAAGACAAACUCGACCCAAAACUGUACCCUUACAUCUCCACACGCACAGCAUCCUCAAAGACGACCACGGCUGCCAGUGCACGUUAUGGGAACUGGCAUAAGAACAAGAGUCCAGGAGAGAUCCGCAACGGCCCACGCAUCAUCGUCUUCAUCACUGGAGGUGUGACCUACAGCGAGAUGCGCUGCGUCUAUGAGGUCACGCAGGCCAACGGCAAAUGGGAAGCUCUCAUCGGCUCCACCCACACCAUCACUCCCAUUAAAUACCUGAAGCAUCUGCAGCACCAAGACUUCCUGGACCCCAACGCAGCCCCUGAGGACCAGCUUCCUGCAGAAGACGAGUGAUGAAAGACAUGAAAAAGUCAUCGAUGACAAGAUCCAACUAGACGCCCAUACAAUGUUUCUUCGGCUAAUUUUCGGCAGUCUGUCUCCCUUCAGCACUUCCCUUCUCAGCAAUAGUGUUUUACUACUAUUACAUAUAUAACCUCUGUUACAUUCAGUAUCACCUAAAUAUUAGCCUCAGAUUACAUAAAAGAUCAUUAACAGUGUUGUCAGUGUCAUUCAGCAUUGUUGGUAAUAUGGGACCAAUUGACUAGCAGAUUUGAAUACUCUCUGUGUCUAGCAUAGCACAACAAGAGAAAUUUUAGUUUCCUCUUCUGUAAAGUUACUUUGAAUUAAAUCAGUAGUUCAGCCUGCAAUGCAGCGUCUGCCAAGCAUUAAUGUGUCUGUUGUGUGCUAAUGUCAGUACUGGACAUCCCUUUGUGAAUAUCAGCUGCUUUGUGUUGUUUUAAUCCUGUGGUUUGGAAAUAAGAGUUACUAGUCUUUUAUAUA